AUGGGCCGAUAUUAUGUGAAGAGAAUUCCUUUGGGGCUGUCCCCUCUGCCUGUUGGAGGAUUCCAAAUUCGCUUGCUUCAGAGACCCUUGGAAGCAGCACACUCAGGUCGCGGCCAGCCUCGGGCCUCGGUGAAGGAGGCAGUGUUUACACCUGUCACGAGGAGGGGGAAGGAGAGCGAAGAAGCCCGAGCAAAGCCCCAAACUUCUGAACAGCUCCCGGGAGAACGCAGCCAGCGCGGAGCUUUGGGAGGUGGAAGCAAAGGGGCAGGGAGAGCCGGCGGUGGCUGGGGCGGGAAGGACUCCCACUUACCCGGCCGGUGCCCGGCAUGGCGAGGAGGGGGCCGUGCGCUUCGGGCGCCACCAGCGGCGUUCCCGCACUCGCCGCAGAAGAGAGCAGAGCCCAAGCCGGGAGCCCGCAGGCCCGCAGAGCCAGCUCCGUCCUCACAGCUCCCGGCUCCGCGGCGGGCAGAUGCUCCCGGCCCGGGUGAGGGUCUGGCUGCUGGGCCGGGCCCGGUCCCCGCACCCUCUUUCCCCGGCGCAGCUAGGGGAGCGGAGCGGCGGCGCUUACCUGGCUCCUUCGGGGCGGCUGCGAUGGGCAUGGCUCAGGGGCCCGGGGAGGAACUGACUCCCCGGGGAAGGACCGUCUAUUCCGACGCGGAACUGGUGAGAGCGGAAGGCCGGCUGCUCACAGCCCUGUCAGCGCAGCAGCACCAUGGACGCCCACCCGGAGUUUCACCGCUGCCGCGGGACCCCCAUCCCACUACCCUCCGCCCUCUUCCGCCGCCGCCGCCUCCACCUCCUCCGCGGAGACCCCCCGCCCACUCCACACACUCUCCCAUCAUGCAGCGGGGGAACCGCUGCCGCCGACACGUCACUUCCGGGCGCAGGUGGCUAGGUCGGGACCGGGCGCUGGUGGGUGCUGUGGGGUGGGGGAGGACACUCCAGGGGAAUUGGUGUCACAGAACGCUUAUCCCUGCGCAGGCGCUGUCGUGCAGAGCGCCGGCCGCCAUUUUGGGUGCGGGCAAGCUGCCCUUUCCUUUCACUUCCUUGCGAGUCAUAGAGCUGUAGGGGGAUAGACGUCUUCCCGCACUCAGGCGCCGGUUGAGGCUGCGCUCCCGGCGAGGGACAGGUGCUCCUUUCAGCCGGUUAACGUUCAGCUCAAGACCGGAUUAAGUCUCUUGCUCUCCAAAUAAAAUUGUAAAGGUUUGGAAAUAUAGAACCACAUUUUUACCAAAAACCUACUAGAGAGCAUUCGUCAGCUUGCCCUUUUCGCCCCGAAAAACGACUUUUUCACUCACAGCCUGUCUCUUCCUCUUUUUAAAUUUAUGCCGACAGAGGAAGAAGCUGAUAUUUAACAAAUAACAAGAGGUUGCGAUAAAUAGAAUUUAAGGUGGGAAAGCAGCCGCCAAACUGACAAAUCGUCUUCGAGACCGACAAGAAAAUAGUAGUCCGGAAUUUGGCUAAUGGAUGGAGAAGGUGGUCGUUUUUCAUAGACCCUUACGGAGAAUAUCCAGUGAAGCUAAAGAGAUCACCAUAAACUUAUGCAUUCCAACGCAUUUCUGGAACUGAGGUCGUAACCGAUUUUGUUUCCAUCAUCAGUCCUGAACAGUUGAUUAUUUAUAUAAAUAAUCAACUGUUAUUUAUAUAAAGGUAAUAAAAAUAUUACCUUUCCUCCUCCUUUACAAUGAAUAUCUGUUAGAACACCUGCCAGUGUAACAAUCAGACUACAAGGCUACAGGAUUAUGAUUACUGUCUCGGAUGAUGAGCCCGGGGUCCUACAAAUCAUGACCCCCGCCGGCCCCUCAUUCUGCCCAUAUUUGCCAAACGUCUACAUCAGUAAUUUGAAUAAUUUAAAAUAGUUCCAAAACAGCAAAGCUCAGCAGUUACGCAAAGAAACAAGAAUGGAAAACAUCCCCUCAGGCACAGAGAAGUGUCCACCCCUUUGGGUGGAGGAAUUAUACAAAUCAGGAGAAAGAUAAGGACAAUAGCAGUUCAUCACGAUUUAUCCCGCCUCUGCAAUGUUCUAGACAAAUUAACUCGGAGCGCUCCAAUGGACCCGCAUUUGUCUCUUUACUAUUCAAUCGCUGUAAGAUAUACGGAGACUGCAUCACUUUAAAUGGGAGUAUCAAUUGCUUUGUGGUUAUGCUGGAUUUUGUGUUAUUGCUCAGUCACUAAAGUAAGAAAAAUCUA